AUGCCAUCACAGUAUAGGAAGUCGAAUCAAAACUCUAAACAAGAUCCAGAACUAAAGUUCAAACUAGAGACACUUACAGAAUUAUUCCCAGAUUGGACUAACGACGAUUUAAUCGAUUUAGUUCAAGAAUACGAUGAUUUGGAAACAAUAAUUGAUAAAAUCACCUCCGGUGCAGUCACUCGAUGGGAUGAAGUCAAGAAACCAACUAAGAAAGGAAAAAAAGUAGACACCACACAUACUCAUCAUCAUCAUCUUAAUCAACAUGAUCUAGAACAUAUCUAUGAUAAUGAUACGGACGUCACCUAUAACAGUAACUCUAAUAAUAAGCAUAAUAGGAUUUCAUACCGUAGUAAUAAUACUAGAUCACAACAACAACAAACAAAUAACAAGAAGAAACAAGCAACUACAACAUCAACAACAACGACUCCUGCAUCAAGAUAUAUAGAUACAGAAAAUUUGAAACCUGCUACUACACCUGCUAAGACAGUGUCUCAUACUACUUCUUGGGCUGCCGCUAUCGCUUCAAGUAAUCCUCCUAAGGAAAAGGAACAACCAGAAGCACAAGAUGAUCAAGGAUCAGAUACUAUAACCACUGGAGAACAACAACAAUCGGAAAAGGAAAAAUCAUCUGAGAAAGAAGAAGAAGAACCUAACGUAGAAGAACAACCUAGUGCAGAAGAAAAUGAGGAACCUAGUGCAGGAGCAGAAGAAGAGAAACCAGCUAAGAAAAUGACAUGGGCUGCCGUGGCUGCUCCAAAGAAACCAAAGGAAUCUGCUUUGGAAAAUGUAGAUGAUUUGAAGAAAGGUAUCGAAAAGGUUGAAAAUGAAGAACCUAAUGAAAAUGUAGAAUCCAGUGAAGAAGAAUCUAGCGAAGAGGAGGAAGAAGAAUCUAGUGAAGAAGAAGAGGAAGAAUCCAGUGAAGAAGAAUCUAAUGAAGAAGAAGAAGAAGAAGAAGAAGAAGAAUCAAGUGAAGAAGAGAAAGCAAAAGAAGAAGAAGAGACUGCAAAGAAAGAAGGAGAAAAAUCAGCAAAGAAAGAAGAAGUUAAAAUCGCUAAAAAAGCUGAAACUUCCAAACCAGCUGUUGAAACUCCACCUGCUCAAGCUCCUGUUCAAACUCAACCUGAAACUGUACAGCCUCAAGAACAACAACAACAACCUCAACAAGUAUCUCAACAAGAUUACUAUCAACAACAACAAUACCCACAAGCUCAAUACGGUCAACAACAGCAAUCGUCCCAACGUAUUCCUCCACAACAACAAAACCCAGCUGCUGCCGCCGCUGCUGCCCAACAACAAUACUACAUGUACCAAAAUCAAUUUCCAGGUUAUUCAUACCCAGGUAUGUUUGAUUCUCAAUCUUAUGGUUAUGGUCAACAACAACAAGCUGGACAACAACCACAACAAGCUGCUCAACCUGGCAUCUCAGCCGCUACUGGUAUGUCAUCUCCAUACGCUUCUAUGCAACAAGCUUACGUUCAAUCUACUCCAGGUACAGCAAAUGCUGAUUUAACCAGUGCCGGUACUGGUGCAUCUCCAGCUACAUCUCACAUUCAACCACAACAACAACAAGCUGCCGCUGCUGCUGCUCAACAACAACAACCUUAUGGUGGAUCAUUCAUGCCAUACUAUGGACAUUUCUAUCAACAAUCUUUCCCAUACGGUCAACCACAAUACGGUAUGGCAGCAGGUCAAUAUCCAUACCAAGUUCCAAAGGGUAGUAAUUAUUAUCAACCACAACAAGGGCAAGAACAACAAGGUCAACCCGCUCAACAAGGACAAUCUCAAGAAGAUCAACAACAACAAGGUCAAGCUCAAGUGCAAGCUCAAGCUCAAGCACAAGCUCAAGCUCAAGCCCAGGCUCAAGCUCAAGAUCAACAAGGACAAUCUCAAGGUCAACAAGAUCAAAACUUAACCGCACAACAGUUGCAAUAUCAACAAUAUUAUCAAUUCCAACAACAGCAACAACAAGCUGCUGCAGCAGCUGCAGCUGCCGCUGCUCAACAAGGUGGCCUACCAUAUAAUUACAGUGGUUAUGAUUAUUCUUCUCAAAAUUCAAGAGGUUUCUAUUAA